AAACAUGAACCAGGUGAGAGAGACUGGGCUGGAGGAGCACUGCCACCUGGAUGGUCGGCUUUGACACCACCCGGACUGCGCUGGACCGCAACAGAGAAUAAAUCACCGCCCCCCACCCCACCCGAUAAACGCACCAGUUCUGAAGUUUCUGAAGUGGCCGGUUCUACUUUGCACACAUAUCUCGUGAUGCGUUUUUUCGUCUUGUCGACCUCUCCCGUUAUCCGCUUGCCCUGAUUUCCCUCAGGCCUGCUCCCUCGCUUCCUCUCCAUUAUCUCCUCCUCCCCAUUACCCUUCUUUCUCAUUCGUUCUUAUUUUCUCUCUUAUUUUUCUCUCUCUAUGUAGUUUUCCUAAUUGACAGAUCCGGUGUUGUCAGCUCAAGUCAUCCUGCAUCAUCUGACACCCACUUCCCCAUUUCUUUUUAGGCCCUGUCUGUAAUAUCGUUGGCCUCCAUCUCCCUACCCCACACCUUGUUGUCUUUUCUGCCAUUGCCCUGCUGGGCCCUCAGUCCCUCAGUCCCUCGCGCCAUAGCUGUUUCACACCAUGGUGUGUUUCGGACGGCCCCUCGACUCGCCCUGCACCCUCGCCUUGUUAGUCGGCUUCCAGUUUGCCUUCGUGGUCUACUUCUCCCUCGGGGGCUUCCGGGGCCUAGUCUCAGUCUUGGUGCACUCCGCUGAGCCGGAGUUUGACUACUCACGCCCCCAUGACGUCUACACGAACCUCAGCCAGCUGGGGGCGCUGUUUUCCUCACACACCGGUGCCCCAGGGAAGGGUGAGCAACUGAAGGACUGCCACGUGCCAUCUCCUCUUCUAGUGGGUCCUGUGUCUGUGCGGCUGUCUGUCCCCCUCUCCCUGGAGGAGAUCCGGGAGAGGAACCCCCUUGUGACCCUGGGGGGCCGGUACCGCCCCCCGGACUGUGAGCCCCGCCACCACACUGCCAUCGUUGUGCCGUACCGCAACAGGCAGGCACACCUGCGCACCCUGCUGUACCACCUCCACCCGUUCCUGCAGAGGCAGCAGCUCCAUUACAGCAUCUACAUCGUGCACCAGAUGGGAAACUCGACCUUUAACCGCGCAAAGCUGCUCAACGUGGGUGUUCGUGAGGCGCUGCGGGAUGAGGACUGGGGCUGCCUGUUCCUGCACGACGUCGACCUGCUGCCCGAGAACGACCACAACACCUACACCUGCCACCCACAGCACCCCACUCACCUGUCCGUGGCCAUGGACAAGUUCCGAUACAGGUUGCCAUACUCCCAGUAUUUCGGAGGGGUGUCAGCUGUAACUCCCGACCAGUACCUCAGGAUGAAUGGCUUCCCUAACCAGUACUGGGGCUGGGGGGGGGAAGACGACGACAUCGCUGCCAGGGUACGUCUGUCGGGAAUGAAGAUCGUUCGCCCCUCAGUGGCAGUGGGCCACUACAAGAUGAUAAAGCAUAAAGGCGACAAGGGCAACGAGCAGAACCCACGCAGGUUUGAUCUGUUGAAGAGGACCAGGAUAAACUGGCGGUCUGAUGGCCUCAACUCCCUCACCUAUGAACUCCUGUCCAAACAGCUGGAGCCCCUGUACACCAACCUGUCUGUCAAUAUCGGGGAGGACCCUCGCCAGUCUCUGAAGAAGGCCACACCUCCCAGAAAAGUUACACCCCCUCCAACCAAACUCACAGAAAAGGGCAUAGCUCUGACCAGAGCUGCAAAAACAGACCAAGCCCAGUUGGGAGGGGCGAAUAAGACUUCUGUGGAAAGGGGAGUGGUUAAAUAGGAAAGAGGGUAUUCCGAGGACAAGGAAGAUGUGAUCAUGCUGUGACAACUCCAUUCAAAAGGGAUCUCAUGAUUAUAACUCUGUGAGUGUAAUUCAUGAAGACACCAUUUAAAAAAACAAUACUUAAGUAUUAGUUUCUUCUUUUGGUCUGAAUCUCUUCUUCACCCAUAUCUACAUAAAUGAACGGAAAAACAAUGGGAUAUAUGUACAUUAACUGCAUAUACACAGGCUCUUUCCUUCCUGAGAAAUGGGUAUAGUAAGUCAACAUUAACAAUUGUUUGAAUAACAUUCAACACAUUGUUUGACAGUGGAAUGUAAGGCCUUCAUGUCUGUUGGCCAUUUUUGUUGGGUGGCUGCUGGAUUUGACCUCAUAUUUUGUAAAUAUGUGCCCUAAAUGAGUUGCUGUCUACAGGCCAUCACACUGUAUGGAAAGAGCUCUGUAGACUUGCGUCGACCUGUUGAAAUCCUCUAUACUCCUCCAAGGAAGCUGCUGCCAAAUGCUGCUGUUUACCACCACAGUGUGGGUUUUGUUUCUGUGCCUUUUUUAUCAUAGAUGUUGGUUUUAUAUUUGUGUCGAAUCGUUAGCUCC